UUUGAAAUAUGUCACCGCAAAUGAAGUUUGUCUGCACGUGUGACUGGUGUGCUAGAUUGAUUUGAUUGGUUUUUUUUUUCUAGCAUUAUUGAAAUUAAUAUAACGGGAGCACGGUUCAGUCGUAAAUCUCUUUUCCACGUUAUCAAAUGAUUUAGUGUGAACAUCACAAUGUCGGAUAUGAAAUACAUUUUAGUUACCGGAGGAGUGAUAAGUGGUGUAGGAAAAGGUGUCAUCGCAAGUUCUUUCGGUACUAUUUUAAAAAGCUGCGGCAUCGACGUGACUUCUAUUAAGAUCGAUCCGUAUAUUAACAUCGACGCAGGCACUUUCUCUCCAUACGAGCACGGUGAAGUUUACGUAUUGGACGACGGUGGGGAAGUGGACCUUGAUCUUGGCAACUACGAGCGCUUCCUGGACAUCACCUUGCAUCGGGACAAUAACAUAACAACAGGGAAGAUAUAUCAGCAGGUGAUUGAGCGCGAACGCCGCGGUGACUACCUCGGCAAAACAGUUCAGGUUAUUCCCCAUAUAACUGAUGCCAUACAAGAAUGGGUGCAACGUGUAGCCCACAUCCCAGUCACCGCAGAGAACACCCCUCCUCGAGUCUGCAUUGUAGAACUUGGUGGGACUAUUGGUGACAUAGAGGGCAUGUCAUUUGUGGAGGCUUUUAGGCAGUUUCAAUUCCGAGUGAAGAGAGAAAACUUCUGCUGUGCUCAUGUUUCUCUAAUACCAAUGACACGGCCAUUUGCUGCUUUUGGACAACAACCAAAAUCAACAGGAGAGCCGAAGACAAAGCCAACACAGUCUUCAGUGCGAGAACUGCGUGGUCUGGGCCUGUCGCCAGACCUGAUACUGUGUCGCUCUGAGAAGCCUAUCAACCACACCGUGAAGGAGAAGAUAUCUAAUUUCUGCCACGUGGCCCCGGAUCAGGUAAUCUGCAUCCACGACUUGACUUCAGUAUACCACGUGCCCCUGCUGAUGGAAGCACAAGGCGUCGUCACGUACCUGAACGAGCGGCUGCAGCUCAACAUCUCCAUGCCCAGGCCCGGCAGAUUCAUGCAAAAGUGGCGCAAUCUAGCCAAACGCGUAGACAACUUACGGAAAGAAGUCAACAUAGCUUUAGUCGGCAAAUACACUAAACUAGAAGACAGCUACGCAAGUGUAACUAAAGCUUUACAACACGCCUGUAUCGCUGCUAGUAGCAAAUUAAAUCUGACGUAUAUAGAAGCUGUGUCUUUGGAGCGGCAGACGAAAAUUGACGACCCGGUUAGCUAUCAUAAGGCAUGGCAGGAUCUUUGCAAAAGCGAUGGCGUCAUAGUCCCCGGUGGAUUCGGCCAAAGAGGCAUGGAAGGCAAGAUCGAGGCCUGCCAAUGGUGCCGCGAAACACAAAAACCCUUCCUAGGCAUAUGUCUCGGCCUCCAAGCGUCCGUCAUCGAAUUUGCGAGAAACGUUCUCGGUCUGAAGGGGGCUAAUAGUACAGAAGUGAAUCCGCAGUGUGAAGAUAAGCUGGUGAUAGACAUGCCGGAACACCAUCCGGGGAAUAUGGGGGGCACUAUGAGGCUGGGAAAGAGGAAGACUUAUUUGGAGCCUAGUCUAAUAACUCAAUUAUACAAACGCGACGUGAUUGAGGAGCGCCACCGGCACCGGUACGAAGUCAACCCGGAGUACAUCGAGCGUCUAGAAGCCGGCGGACUCAGAUUCGUCGGCAAAGACGAGUCCAAGACCCGUAUGGAGGUCGCCAUGGUCGAGAACCACCCGUACUAUGUGUCGGUGCAGUUUCAUCCGGAGUACCUGUCGCGCCCGCUGUCGCCCAGUCCACCGUUCCUUGGACUAAUACUCGCGUCGCUGGGUAAACUCAAGAACUACAUGUCUAAAGGGUGUCGGCUGAGUCCCAGGAACCUGUCUGACGUCAGUUCUGGUGAGUGUUAUGAAGAAGACGACAUAUCCCUCUCAUCUCUUAGCCUAACAGAAGAAAAAACAACUAUUGAAAACGGAAAACCGAAACAGGUUAAUGGAGUAGCUAACUAAAAAUAAGAUAAAUUACUUAUGUUUAAGUAGUUAUUUUGGUUUCACAAAUAACAAUCACUUUUUUAAACGUUCACGACUCAUCGUGAACUUAGUAUAAGCUUAACUUUGGAGCAGUUACAUUUAUGUUUAAGUUUUCUAGUCGAUAUUAUACAGCAUAAUAUGGAUUUUUAGUUUUUAACACUACUUAAGCUGAAACAAGCACCUACAAUACAAUGUAUCUUAUUACUAAUGUUUUAUACUCAAGCGAAGUAUUUUUAGUAUGUAUUAUGUUGUAUAGUAUUUGACAUUCGCCAAAAUGAAUCUAUAAAUAAACUUUUUCUACUCGUCGAGUAUAAUCUGUGUAUUACAACGUCGCAUGCAACACUACAACCUUACUCUUUUCAACGUUGGAUAGUCUAUGGCACUUCCGACUCAAGCAUAAGAAUUUUAUCGAUACGGUUUAGUCAAUUAUAAAAAUUUUGAAAAUAGAACUUCAUACAUUUCAGUAAAAUAUUUCUUGUUUAAGGAGACUCGAUUCAAUGCAAAUUAGCCUACUUAAACACGCUGCUGCGUCGUAUCUGCUUUGUGAUUGGUUGGCCAACAAUUGCUUCAUAUAUCAUAAACGCGCAUGUGACACCCUUCAUAUAGCAACAUCCAUAUCCUACGAAAACCGCUUAGCGUUGCUUGUUAGUCUCCAUAGGCUACGGUGGCCAAAAUGGAGAAAAAAAACUGUUUUGAAAUUGAAUUUAGCGCGGAGCAGGUACCAGGGCCUCAUGAGUUACGAGGAGGUGUCGUUGACCAACCCGCCGGGGGCGCCGGGCCCGGCGGCCGGUGCGCGUACGAGUAUGAAGGUAUCGCGGGCCGCGGCAGCUCGCGUAUCUUAGCUGUAUACUUUUGGUUUGUUUACUUAAGUUACUUAAGUAUAUGAUUCUACUAGUUGAAAGUAUUAUUUUUUUGUCUCGUAGAAAAAGUAUUGUAUACAAUAGUGAUAUAAUCAAGCUCUUCAAUCUCGUACCUUAACUUAAGCAACUCAGCAAGCUUCGUUGCUUAAACACGUUACUCGACUGAAAAGCUCUCUAUUAUAUCACGAUUGUAUAAAAUACUAUUUCGAAAUAAUAUGCAUUAUUAUGAUUUCCGUUCAUCAAGCAAUUUAUAACAUAUAAUGUGUUUAAUUUUGGUUAAGACAUAUUUCAAUAACUUUAUUUUCUAUCAUGCAUGAAUACGUGUAGCACGUAAGCCAUAAUAUAAGCUUAAGAAUAUUUUUUUUAGAAACUAAUUUUUAUAUUGACAAAAUCCUUAUAAUACGCUAGCUGAAUUGAGCUGAAGUUUGUAACAGU